AUGUCAUCUGGAAUUACGCCAAUUAUAGCAACACCACAAACAUUAGGACACGUAGGAUUAGAUAAUAUAGGUAAUACAUGCUAUAUCAACUCUUCUCUUCAAGUUUUAGCGCACACAGAAUUAUUAUUUCAGUAUUUCGAGUCCGGAUUAUGGCGGAGAGAGUUAAAUGAGCAGAAUCCGAAAGGAACAGGUGGAAUCGUUGCUCAUCAGUUCGCGCAAUUGAUAAAUGACAUCUGGACAAAGAAACAAAAAGUUAUUUCCCCGUAUGACUUGAAAAACUCGAUAGGAAAAUUCCAUCCACAAUUUAAUAACAGCCAACAACAGGAUUCGCAGGAAUUUUUGCUUUGUUUAUUGUCAGAUUUGAGUGGAGAUUUAAAUCGAGUUACAAAAAGGUGCUACAUCGAAGGAGUUGUUGGUGAUGGCACGAAUGAUAAUGAAACAGCAGAUUUGGCAUGGAAAAGGCAUAAACUUCUGUUUGAUUCUGCUAUUGUUGAUAUAUUUCAUGGACAAUUACGAACAGAAGUGAAAUGCGAUGAAUGCGGAAACAAGAAAGUUGUUUUUGAUGCUUAUUCUUCACUUUCUAUCCCGAUUUCGAAGACAAAUCUCGAAACAAUCAGAUAUAUGUACAUUCCCGCUGAUCUUAAGCGGCCAAGAUACAUUGUAAAGAUAUUAGUAAGUGAAGAUUAA